UAUUAGUAAAGGUAAAAGGCGCGUUAAUUCAGUAGCAGCCACCUGCAAAACCGCGAUGACGGAAACGCCUCGUCUCUAUGUCACGUGAUGUAACUUGAGCAGCUUGUGCAGGUUAUCAAUCAAUUCUCAUGCUAGUGUUUGGCUUUUCUCAAGCGCACUUUAAUGACUAGUUUAGAGUUAAAGGGCAUGUUUAGCGUGGGCAACACGAUGACUGAAGAUUCCUUGUUUGCCAGUGAUUACGAAGGUCCAUGUCCUCUGUGUGAGGAGGAAGAACAGAGAGGUUACUGCAGAUACAGAGACACCGAGCAAGAGAUUGAGAGAGAAAUAAACAGUGAUGUAGAAGAGCAUGUGAAGGAAAAGGUGGAGGAUGAGGUGUCUCAAGAGUUUGAGAGGAAUUUUGAGGUGAAAUCUGAAGGAAAAACUAAGGAGAACUGGACAAUAGAUCAAGAACCUGAAGACAGGAAACCCGAGACAAAUGAGGAAGACAGCAAAACUGAAGAUGAACAUGAUGUUGAACAGAAAAAUGAGAAAAAAACAGUUGGGGAGCAAAAAGAGGAAUUAGACAAUGGUAAAAAAUAUGGGGAGAAAGACAGGAAUAAGAAAGUGGAAGAAAGUGGCGAAGUCAUUUUAAAAGACCAAGCGAAGACCAACGAUGAAAAAGAGACAAGAGUUUUGGCAGUGUCGCCUUUAAAGGACGACUGUAUUUUGCAGAUGAGCCCUGAUUGUAACAUGGACUUAGUGAUGGUGUGUGAGCAGUCAGUACAGAAAUCUAUGAGUGAAGAACUCAUGUUAUGUCCCCCUGAUACCUCAAAUCUACCCCAGCGCCCUACACAAUCCCCACCCAAACCUUUAUCCAUCACGUUACCACCCCAAAAUCACACACUACAACCCUUUCAGGCCCCACCAGUACUUCAGACCCAAGUCCCAGCACAGGCCCAGUUGGAGACUCCAUGCUUGGGGAAACGGCCCUAUGAAAGCAGCCCCGCUGUUGAGCGCCCAGCCAUGGUGUCCACAGGGCAGGUGGAGGUGACGCUGAGGCAGGUGUACACCACUCGCCGUUACACCCGUUUCACCAGCAGAACAGCUCCGCUGCUGCCUCUGCCCUCAGUGAGUGGAGAAACCAGCACACCAGCUUUACCUUCCAUUAGCACUGAUGCUCCUCUGAUGCCUCCUAAGAAGAAAACACGCACUUUUUACAGCACCGAUCAGUUGGAGGAGCUGGAGCGAGUGUUUCAGGACGAUCACUACCCUGACGGAGAUAAGAGAAAGGAGAUCGCAGCAGCCAUCAGUGUUACACCCCAGAGAAUCAUGGUCACUGUCCACUGA